CAUCUCCGAUCUCCCCCCACCCUCAGCGAUAGGAGAUAGACCCUUUGAGUUAUUUUUAGCCUUGGGGGGCACUUAUGUCCAGACAGGCUUAACAGACAACGUCAUUGGCCAGCUGCCCUGCCACUCAGCCCAACAGCCAAGAUGAUGGGCUUUGGUGGUUUACAUUUGAGAGUGUCCACUGUGCCAAAUUUAACCAUGGGAAGGAGGAGGAGGAGGAGGGGGCCAAGUUUAACAUGAUGGAGUCUGUCCAGCGGGCUGUGUGUGUGUUGUGGUCUGUAAAAGAACUCAGGCCUGGAUCCUGAUUCCGUCUUGAGUUGAACCUUGAGGACAGAGGAGUCAGGGGUGUGGGGCUGAGUGGGGUUGCCGGUUGGAGUCCGGGAUUUCUGGCCUCUGAGGACGGUUCUUUGGGUCUUGAGAUCGGCGUUCCACAGAGGCCUGAUGGCAAAGGACAGCGGCCUCAUGGACCCUUCAAGACAUGAGGGGCUUCUGUGCAUAGGAUGCAUAACAAGGUGGAUUUCUUUAGUAAAUUUCCUAAUCUGAUCACAGCCAUGGGAGACUGGAACUUACUGGGGAAGCUUCUUGAGAAGGCUCAGGAGCACUCCACCGUGGUGGGGAAAGUCUGGCUCACAGUUCUGUUCAUCUUCCGCAUCCUCGUCCUGAGCACGGCAACGGAUAAAGUGUGGGGCGACGAGCAGUCCGGCUUCACCUGCGAUACCAAGCAACCUGGUUGUGAGAACGUGUGCUAUGACAUCACCUUCCCCAUCUCCCACGUCCGCUUCUGGGUCCUGCAGAUCAUCUUUGUGUCUACGCCAACUUUGAUCUACCUAGGACACAUUCUCCAUCUGGUGCGGAUGGAGGAGAAGCACAAAGAGAAGGAGCUUCUGAUGGACAAACAGGGCCUCAUCGGGGAUCCAAAGCCCAAAAAACCUCCCGUAAGGGACGAAAAGGGACGGGUGCGGCUGCAGGGGGAGCUUUUGCGCACGUAUGUUUUCAACGUGAUCUUUAAGACGAUCUUUGAGGUUGGCUUCAUUGUAGCUCAGUACCUCCUGUACGGCUUUGAGCUGAAGCCCAUGUAUAAAUGUGACAGACCGCCAUGUCCCAAUAUGGUCAACUGCUACAUAUCCCGCCCCACGGAGAAAACCAUCUUCAUCAUCUUCAUGCUCGGAGUUGCUAGCGUGUCAUUGCUCCUCAACCUCGUAGAGAUCUACCAUUUAGGCUUCACCAAGUGCCGCCAAGGUAUCACCUUCAGGAGGAACCAGGAAGUCCCUGAAAUUGUUUCCAAGCAACCAAACGAGGCUGUGGUCCCUAUUGUGCCGAGCUAUGAUGACUACUUUUCAGGGAUGCAGCCAGCUUUCCCGCCCAUCCCCAGCUACGACCUUUCCCCUCUCUCCAAAGGCACAGAUUCAUCAUUCCACCCCUACCACAGCAAGGCGGCCUACAAACAGAACAAAGACAACUUGGCAGUGGAAAGAAGGAACAGCAAGCCAGAGGAGUGUGACCUAAAAGGAAAGAAGGGAGCAGGAUCGGCGCCUGGAUCCCCUACGCAGGCUCGGCCCGGCUACACCACCAAGCGCAGCAGCAGCAAGACCAGAAUAGACGAUCUGAAGAUAUGAGGAGGUUUAUGUUUCUCAAAGCGUUCUCUAAGUGCUACGACGGGAUCGUAUGUUCUUCGGAGGCCGCCACACACGA